GGGUCGAGCUGCAGGGAAAUGAAUCAAAUGUAAUGAGGUGCAGUUAGGUUGUGUAUAUUGAUAAGGAGAGCUUUCCGUGGACGGCGGUGGAGCUGGCGUUGUGCAUGGAAUAAAACACGCGGGGACAUAUUGCUUUGUUCAGAGCCGGAUGAAUACGGGCAUCGACUGUGGAAAUGUUUGGUUUCGCGGUGACACGUCGUGUGCGGGGCACUCGCUGAAACUGUCUGAUGCGCGUUUCAAGUUUUACUUUUAAGGAGGAGUGCCGACCUGAGGUGGAUUUGAUCACAUUCACGGUCAAACCUCGCAUCUGUAUGACGCUCUGUUAUGUUGUAGGAUGAGCGCUGACCUCGAGAGCGUUUCGCUCAACACGUCGUUGAACUCGAUCGUCUUGGGCGGCCGUGCGCUCUCGACAAACGUCCGAAGGCUGCACAAAGCUCUCAAUAUUCUGCUCAAUGACCGGGAGAGAGAGCAGUUCAUCCACUGCCUCAAUGUUUACCACGCCAAGCGCAACGUCUUCGACUUGGUUCAAACUCUUAAAGUGAUUCUCAACACGCCAGACAAACGGCACCUCUUGCCCAUGUUGCGCCUCGUCAUCCCGAGGUCCGACCAGCUGCUGUUCGACCAGUACACGUCCGAGGGGCUCUACCUGAAGUCGGACCUCAUCCCCAGCAACGGCAUCGCAGAGGACUUUGUGGGUGAGGUAGAUUCAGCUGCCAGUUCCAUCCCUGAGCAGGUCCUGUCGUCGGACGGUUUAAGCGCAGCUGCUGAACUCUCUGCGUGCGUGGUCCCGCCGUUCUGCGUGGGCCCUUUCGGAGAUACGCGCAAAGUGACCCUCACGCGCUCCAGGAGCCACGAGGGUCUGGGCUUCAGCGUUCGAGGUGGUUCAGAGCACGGCGUGGGCAUCUAUGUGUCGCUGGUGGAGCCAGGCUCAUCGGCUGAGAGAGAAGGACUGAGAGUCGGGGACCAGAUAGUGGCCGCUAAUGACAUCCUGUUUGACAAUGUCACUCACAUAGAGGCGGUGAAGGUGCUAAAAGGAUGCAAGACGCUGCACAUAUCUGUGUGCUCCAUGGGACCGACUCCUGCCGGCUACAUCACCAACAAUCUGUACAGCUGGGUGGACCCACAGGGCCGCAGUGUCUCCCCGCCACCUGAUAGCCAGGAAGACAGUCGAAGGCACGGGAUGGAAGAGCAAAUGGUGAACCUGAACAUGGAGGGAGGUCGAUCUCUGGGUCUAAUGAUCAGGGGUGGUGCUGAGUAUGGACUGGGCAUAUACAUUACUGGAGUGGACCCUGGAUCUGCUGCAGACAUUGGUGGACUAAAGGUGGGUGAUCAGAUCUUGGAAGUCAACGGUCAGAGCUUUGUGACCAUCUCCCACGAUGAGGCGGUUCAUAUCCUAAAAACAGGGUACAACUUGCUGAUGAACGUGAGGGAUGUUGCCCGUCUACCUCACGCAUGCACAGUGGUGGAUGAGCCCAAAUGUGUCAGCAGUCGGGGAAUAAUGGAGUCCAGUGCGCCUGCUAACCCCAGUGCUGUCCCCAACACCGCUAUCAGUUUUCUUUCUUGCAGACCAUCUUCAGCCAGAGCUACACCUGUAUUAGGAAAGCCAGCAGGAUACAGAGGUGUGGGCCCCCCCAGUGCUCAGGUGUCACUGGAGCAGCAGGCCUACAUGUUGCUGACAGAUCCAGAGAGGCAAACCAUGGCCUACUACCUGCAGGAGUACCAAGAAGGACAUAUAGGAGUAGAGUCUCUGACCAUGGCUCUGUUUGAGCUUUUCAAUACACAUGCAAAGUUGUCCAUGUUGUCUGAGAUGAGGAGACUGGUGGCGCCACAGGAUCUGGACGUGUAUGAUGGACUGGUGUUGCAACAUGGAAGGGAGUCUCACCAGUCCUGGUGUGGAGGCCUAGAAGUGUGGCAGUCUCAGGGCCAUUGUAGCCAUAUAGCCCCUGUGAUCCAUGAUGCAGAGCAAACCAUCCCUGCUAUGGGUGAAACGCAGGCUUCGAGUGAACCUCUUCCACCCUUCAGAGCUGCUUCUGUCCAGGCCCAAAGAAGACCAUUCACGGAGAAAGAGUUCAAUUACAAGCCUUCAGCCAAAGUGGUGCAGCCCAUCUCUUGCCUGCUCGUCACUGGUCCCACCCAUUUACUCCAGGACUGUCCCCACAAGCCUAUCAAAUCCCUUCCCACCAGCCAACACCAGCCAAAACCAGCCUCCCCCCACCAUGCAUGCCCUGGUCCCACCCACUACACUUCCCUUCAUUCCCUCCAACACACCUGCCAGAAUUCCUUCCAGCUCUCUGAUUCUGAACACCACAAUAAUCCCCAUUAUGAUUACCAUGUCCGCCAUCAUAGCCAGCCCAUUUCAGGUCACCACACCUGCCCAGGUUUCCUGCAUCACCGGGACUUACCCAGCUCUGCUAAACCAGAGGCGUCUAUCAAGUUUUCUUCUAGAUCCAGCUCCUACGAAAAGUCUUCCGUCUUGUCAAUGUCAGCAUCCUCUUCAAAGGCAGCAACUCCCCAGCCAUCCCCUCAACCAUCUCAUCAUCCCUCACCAUGUCCGUCCCCGUGCCCCUCUCUCAUCACGCCUGCUGCUCCACCCUUUAGCACCGACCAACGCUGCUCACCUGCUCUCACACAGAAAGUCAUUGUAACAGAAAUGAACCGGCUCUCAGCAGAAGCCAGACCACAGCAAAGAGGGGCCACCCUGUCACAGUUGUCAGACAGCGGCCAGACUCUGAGUGAGGACAGCGGGGUGGAUAUAGCAGAGGCAGGAGGCUUCAGUAAGGAUGGCAGCCCACGACCUAGCAAAAAUCACCGGACCCAUCUGGAACAGCCAGGAUUUCAUGCACUUUCUCCAGGGAUUGGCAGACAAUCUCCCUCACCUGUACCAGUGCCUACUGCUGUGCUGGUACGAGUGUUGAAAAAUUCAAACACCUUGGGCAUCGCAAUAGAGGGUGGAGGAAGUACACGCCAACCUUUGCCUCGCAUAGUUUCCAUUCAGAAAGGAGGCUCGGCUCAUAACUGCGGCCAGCUGAGAACUGGCCAGGUCAUUCUGGAGGUUGACGGCAUCCCCUUGCAAGGCCGGGAACACAAAGAUGCUGCCAGGAUCAUUGCUGAAGCCUUCAAGACAAAAGAAAAGGGACACAUUGACUUCCUGGGAAAGGAUUAUUGGACUGAUGUAUCAGGUACUUGUUGAUUGCACUCUACAGACAUUUGCACAAUUUAAAGUAGGUAGUAUGAUAACAAUUGUUAUAAAUACCUGUUUAGUUUUUUCAUUUUAUUUAAUUGUGUUUCACUUGAAGAGCUGUUAGCACUAAUUGAUGCUACAGUAAUACUGA